AUGGCUGGUGGUGGCAGCGAUGGCGUGGACCGCAAGCGGCGGCACGACGACGAUGGUGUUGGAAGGCCAGACGCAGGUGAUGCAGCGGCAGGUGCUGUGGACGCCAAACGGCCCAAGGCAAGCGACUCAAAGUUCAAGGAAGAGUUGGCAAAGAAAAAGGCCCAGGAAGAGAAGAUCAGGGCGCGACGAGAGCGGCUGGCGUCAUGGCGCAAAAAGAUGGAGAAGAUGAAGAGUAGUAAAGAACAGCAAGGCCAGAGCGACAAGGAAGCGCAACCACAAAGCGACCAAGCUGCCAGCGCCAGCAGCUCUAGCAAACCUACAAAAGUCUCCCUCAACAACAAGAUGCGGCCAGCAGCAGUGUCGAAUGGCAUGUUUGCGGAAGAAGAGGAGGAAGCAAAACCAAAGCCCAGCAUGGCUGUGCCCGCCAACAUCCUGGCCAAGUUCAAGCAGGCACAACAGAACCGACAGUCCGCUCUGGACAACGAUGAUGCUGAUGACAAGAAGGACGACGACGAUGACGAGGAGGAGGACGAUGGCACGGAUCCACUUGACGCGUUCAUGCAGUCUGUUGACACCGAGGUCACCAAGAUCAAAGCACAGGACGCAAAGCGCAUGCGAACACACAAGAUGCUCGGUAUCCUGGGGCAAAGCAAGCGCGGCGAGAAAAUCUCAGACGCAAACGAGGGCUUUGACUAUCCCUUGAGCGACGAGGAGGAGGAAGAGCAGGCGGGCCAGCCCAAGUACUGGAGCGGCUACACGCCAAAGCAGCCCCGCGAACUCGGCGUCCCAGAUCACGCAAAGAUCGAAUACGAAGACUUCCGCAAGAGCUUCUAUGUUGAGGUGCCUGAGAUCAAGCGCAUGUCUGACCAGGAGGUGGCCCAGCUCCGCUUUGAGCUCGAGAACAUCAAGACACGCGGCCGCGAUUGCCCACGGCCCAUCAAGACGUGGAACCAGUCUGGCCUCCCGCGCCGCGUGCUCGACGUUCUCAGGGCCCUCAAGUAUGACGACCCGACGCCGAUCCAGGCGCAGGCCCUGCCCGUCAUCAUGUCUGGUCGCGACAUGCUCGGCAUUGCCAAGACGGGCUCUGGCAAGACGCUCGCCUUCCUCCUCCCCAUGCUCAGACACGUCCUCGACCAGCGCCGCGUCCGCCAGGGAGAGGGCUGCAUUGCGCUGAUCCUGUCGCCAACGCGCGAGCUUGCUGUACAAACAUACACGGAGGCGAAGAAGUUCACCAAGCACCUGGACCUGCGCAUUGCGUGCGUGUACGGCGGCUCAGACAUUGCGGACCAGAUUGCCCACCUGAAGCGCUCCGUGGAGAUUAUCGUGUGCACGCCCGGGCGCAUGAUUGACAUGCUGACGGUGAACCGGGGCAAGGUGACCAACCCGCGGCGCAUCACGUAUGUGGUGCUGGACGAGGCCGACCGCAUGUUCGACAUGGGCUUUGAGCCGCAGGUCAUGCGCAUCCUGGACAACAUCCGGCCCGACAGGCAGACGGUCAUGUUCUCCGCCACCUUCCCGCGCGCCAUGGAGGUGCUUGCGCGCAAGAUUCUGAAGAAGCCCAUUGAGAUCCAGGUGGGCGGGCGCAGCAUUGUCAGCGACACGGUGGAGCAGCACGUGCUCGUACUGGAGGAGCAAAACAAGUUUAACAAGCUUCUCGAGCUGCUGGGCAUCUACUACGUGCAGGGCAGCGUGAUUGUGUUUGUGCACCGGCAGGAGAAGGCAGACAUGCUGCUGACGAACCUGAUGGGCCACGGGUACAUGAGCCUGCCGCUGCACGGCGCCGUCUCCCAGGAGGACCGCCAGUCAAACAUCCGCGACUUCAAGCUGGGCAACGUCAAGAUCCUCAUUGCCACCUCCGUUGCGGCGCGCGGGCUGGACGUGAAGAGCCUCAAGCUUGUUGUCAACUACGACUGCCCAAACCACUACGAGGACUACGUGCACCGGUGCGGCCGCACGGGCCGCGCAGGGAACAAGGGCACUGCGUUUACCUUUGUCACCAAGGACGACAAGCAGCUUGCCGGGCACGUGAUCAAGGCGCUGGAGCUGUCCAGCCAGGAGGUGCCGGCAGACCUCAAGGCCGUGUGGGAGGAGUACAAGAAGGAGAUGAAGGCCAAGGGCAAGCGCAUCGGGGCCGGGUCCGGGUUUCGGGGCCGCGGGUACAAGUUCAGCGCCGAGGAGCUCAUCCGGCGCAAGCAGAUGAAGCUGCUGGCGCUCAAGGCGCACAGCGAAGGAAACCUGGACGCAGACUACAAGGAGCGGGAGCAGGAGCUGGCGGAGGAGAUUGAGUCGCAGGUGGACAUUCUCAUGGGCAAGAAGCCCAAGGCGCAGCUUGAGGAUGAGGAGACGGAGGAGCGCGCCGCAGACCAGGACAAGGACGCAACGGGCACCGCCGACGCCGCCGCAGAGGGCGCAGCGGCAACGGCAGCAGGAGGGGCGGACUCGUCGUCGCUGGAGACCAAGGCCAAGGUUGCGGCAGCAACAGCGCCGCUGCUCGGCGCAACGCCCGCCGACGCCCUGCUCACGGGACCAGGUGCCACCACCACGUCCUCCUCCUCCUCCUCCUCAUCAUCAGCGUCGGCGACGGCAGCGACAGGCGGUGCAGAGGGCACUACCGCUGCUGGUGGUAAAGAUGGACUGCUGGGCGCAGCGCCGGCUGGGCAGGCCAAGGCGGCAGACCCGCUGGCGAAGAUGGCGGAGGCCAUGGCGCGCGCAAAGGCCGUGAACCAGAAGUACGGGUUUGAGUCGCUUGCGGAGCUCAAGGCAAAACAGCAGCAGCAGCAACAACAGCAGCAGCAGCAGCAGCAGGCGGGACCGGGCCACUUUGAGGAAGAGAUUGAGGUGAACGACUGGCCGCAGCAGGCGCGGUGGAAGGUGACGCGCAAGGAGUUUAUGACGGAGGUUGCGGAGACGUGCGACGCGGCCAUCACGGUUCGUGGCACGUUCUUCCCGCGCGGGUCAAAGCGGCCAAAGGGCAUGGAGAACGAGCGGCCCAUCUACAUCUGCAUCGAGGCGCAGAACCAGGCUGCCGUGGACAGGGCCGUCAAUCUGUGCCGCCAGGUGCUCAAGGAGGAGCUGCACACCGCAGCCACCACCUUCCAGCCACAGAGCCGCUCGCAGCAGCAGCCGGGCAGGUACCGCGUGCUUGCGCUCACAGGCGGCAAGUAG